AUGUCUGAAAUCGCCAGUGACAAGUCACCAGAUCAGGAUGCUGCACUCCAACCAGUGGAGUCACCCAAAAUCCCAAACAAUAGCACAACGAAGAAACCAAAGAAGGAAGCCCUACAAAAAUACCUUCCGCUAUCACAGGAGCAUUGCAAAUACUGCGGAACUUCAACAAAAUUGAAACAGGCGUAUGGAAAACUUCUCGUGCACAGCAGUCGCGAGAAAUUUGGAGCAAAUUGCUACAGAAGCAGGAAUCUUUUCACGCAGAAUUCAGUCAAAGCUUGGGCUUUAGGUGAGCUCUUAAGAUUCAACCAGCUCAUUAGCAUGCAAAAGGUAAUUCCAAGGGACUUAAUGGCCGAUGGAACGCCUGAGAAGGGGGAGGAGGAAGAGGGACGUCCAUAA